AUGGCAUCAGAAUGGGCCCCCGCCCAGCUUCCGCUGGACCGACGCCGCGGCGUCGGGAGGCCCAAGGUCUCACCACCAGCCACAGUCCGCAACGAGAAUCGUGCCGCCAAUAUUCCAGGUCACAGCAGCGCAAGCGCAACAGGCUGGGUGCAGGGCCACCGUCAGUUGGCUGCCACUUGCCACGUUGUCAUCACAUCUUCCGACAAAGCAGGACACAGCUUCUUCCGUUUGGCCAAUCUGCGAGGUGCACAAUCCAAAGUCGCACCCAUGUAUGAUUCAUGGCUCCAGAGAGACUGCGAGACCGGCACCGACACCUGCCAGAGUCUCAGUUUUGAGGCUAUGGCGGCACAGGCAUUAGCCUCCGAGAAGCGAUCGAGGAUCGAAGCAGAGCAGGCCGUGAAGAGCGAGAUGCAGGUGCAGUUAGAAGCUUUGCAAUUGCAGUUUCGGAACGAGCUGGAAGAGACCAACGCUCUUUGGCAAGCCAAGCUGGCUAUGGAGCAAAGAGAGCAAGAAGCUUGCAUAGAAGGCUGGAUGGCGGAGGCCGAUCGGAGCAAAGCUGAGGUUCGUCUCGCGCAGCAUCUUGAGGCAGAGGCCCAUGCUGCAAGCUGUGCAAGCGAGGACACCAUCAGAGACCUGCAGGAACAACUGCUGAAGAGCGAGGCUGAGAUUCAAAGCACGCGCGUCGAGGCCCGGUCUGCGAUGGAAUCCAGCAGAGCGUGCGCACAUCUGGAGGCACUGGUUGCACGAGGCCAACGACACGAGAGAGAUGCUGCCGAGCUGCGUGUUACCGUUGGAGUUCUUCGCGAGCGUUUGUCAAGACAGGAGCAGGCCAUGGCACGCCUUCGCAGAGAGAGCUCCCUGGGGGUGUCAGAGGACAUCCCAGGAGCCGGUGCGCUGGGACUGGGACGGCCUCCUGUUCCUGCGCCUUUCGUGCAAGGACGCCAAGGUACUCUUCGAGGCCUCGCCAAGGGCAUCAGAUCCGGAUAUGCAUCGCAGGCAGCGGCACCUUUGACCCCAUUGUCAGAGGCUUUCCCGUUCUCAGUCGUUGUCUCGGUGUGCGCUGACAUACACAUGGCGAUCGGACAGAAGCGAGCUUUGACAUCAACUCUGGAAGAAGGCCUUUCGAGGAAGCUUCUUUUGGCUCAUUCCGGUGCUGGUGCUCCUGGCGUGUACAAGAAAGAUGGGGAAGGGCCCAUCACAGCUCUGGCCAGGCAAUGGAUCAGAUGGGAAGCAUUUGAUGAGGAGGCGGUUGCACACGAAGUGCAGCUUCUACAGAGGUAUCACCACCUGCAACGGCCAUCACAGUGGUCGCCUUUCCAGAAGGACUUGGCACUGACACAUGUGCCGUGUACCUUCGGUCACAGUGUGGAAAUGGCGGGUCUACAGCUGCCUCGUUCUGACCUAUCAGAUUGGCUGAAGGUCUGGCAGUCCUUUAACACCACGACGACGGAGGAGGGGCUUGAGCUGAUGCGGUCUGCCACUGCUCCGGAUGUUCCGUUGUGGGGCAUGAUGGAUCCCGUUCUGCGCGGCUUCUCCAAGUUGACUGGGUGCCACUUGUACUAUACGCCACCGAAGUACUUACCCAAGGAUGUCGGGCAGCAGUAUUACGGCAAUAAGUCGGCGUUCACAUUCCUGCGGGAUCCGUACGACAGAGCCGUGAACGACUUCCGGGCGCAGGUUUUUGGCCUCGACUCGAUUUUUACAAUGAGCUGCCGACAAAACACUUCCCUGAGGGAAGGGCACCUGGAGAGAGAGAGCGAGAAGUACCGGAACUGGUACAGGACUUGUGAUGUGAACUCCUACUUGCGAGCAGAGCUGCCCAAGGUCCUGGAAGGAGACAUCUACAGAGCCGACUGCCACUUCCUGCCGCAGGCGGACUACUUUGAAAACCCCUUUGCCAACACGACUGCCAUUGACAAUCGAAAAAUUCCAGAAUCGUUCAACGCACUCAUGGUGGAGCGCGGAUACUUCAACAUCACCAUGCCUCGUACGCUGCACAAUUAUGUGUGCAACAACAUCAGUGCCUACACUUUGGCGGAAGACGUGAAAAUGCUUAUCCGGAAAGUUUAUGCCAGGGACUUCGACCUCAUAUGCAGUUUGUUCGGAUACUGCGACAGGGAAGAGGUAACGUGUCUGGGCCAGAUCCCGAACAUGUGUGGCGGCAAGCCCGGCGUGAACUCCACAGCCUUCUCAGCCAAUGCGGACAAGGAUGUUCGCUCCAAGUACUUCCCCGAGUGGCCUUGUGGAAAGCCGGGUGACGCUUGA